AUGGACGUGCCGACAGCUACCUUUUCCCCUGGGGUCCAGCUCCCGACUGUACUCCCCAUGCCGAUCACCUUCUUCGGCGACAGCACCUCUUCGGAAAGCUGCAGGAACGCCAACUGGUCGGUUACCCUCUCCCCCAGCUCUAUCCGUCACUGCAAGCCGUCGUGGCGUCGCGUCCCCCGACCUGCGGCGAGCCUGCCUGGUCGCCGUCGGCGGAGAACAGUCAUGAAGCGCGCGGGGGCGUGCUACUCGGUGCGGAGCUACCGGCGCGACCUGACAUCGCGCCCAUUCGACAAGCACUAUACCGACGAGGAGAACGAGGUCAGCCAGACCAAGAGGCGGCAUCUCGAGCUCGAAUCCGGCCUCGACUCUGAGACCUCCUGGGUGCAGGGGUCUACACCUUCGGCGGAACAGGCUGCGGAUGACUACAGACGCGCAAAGAUCCAUGUCAUUCAGCACAUUGCGCUCCACCCCGACUCCGCCUUCGACUUCACCGGCCGAGACGUACACAUUGGCGGGCUGGUUCCCGUCGGCCGGGAGAAGCGUCGCGUCGACUGGACGCGGGCUCCCGGUGCCACCCUGGCGUUUUACCGCGACGUGCUGGCGCUUGUGGUCGAGGCCUGGGAAGAGUACGGAAUGGACAUUGUCAAGACGGACCUGGUGCAGCACAUGAUCCGCCUCCAGGGCACGCAGGCCAACGCACGCGACUGUCUUGCCGCUAUCGGCGCGCGGGAAGAAGCGGUGGAGAAGCAGCCUGAGAGCACGGCCAUGGCACCGAGCACACCUGCCAAGAAGCCGUCGCGGAGAAGGGCCCGGCUGAGCGACUACGUUGUCGCCAGUAAUGUCACGGCCAAGACCAACUCCAGCACGUCUCCGUCCCACGAGGAUGAGGAGAGCAAGAGCGCAGCCACUCCGCUCGCCGCCACUGCUUCUGCUCAGGCCGAGACCGAGGACCGGAACGUGACGCCUGCCAAGCGCUCGAUGCCACCCCCCCCGUCGUCUUCUCACGGCCCACUGGCUACGGCCACGCCUCGGCGCAGCGGCGGUCUGGGACUGAUAGGCUCAGUUCCCGAGCUGACGGCCUCGCCACCACCCACCCCGCCCUCGUGGAGAAAAUGGGAGUCCGCCAACGUCCCCGACGCCGAGGCAUUCCAGUUCUCCGGCGCUUCGUUCGAGGACACCCAGGCUAGCGACCACUACUCCAUGUUUGGCAGCAAGGGAGACCGUCGCAAGAGCGAGCCCCUUCUACAGCACCUCCUCCGGGACCGCACGAGGCGCUUCUCGGCGUCGCCCCAGAAGUUCUUUGCCGGAGCUGACCGGUUCGGCGAGGCUGGCAGCACCGCCACCUCCAGGGCUGGAACACCCUCGCUUCCCUCGACGCCUACUCGGCCUGAGAUGGCUGGCAGCCGCCGGAGCACCGAUACGGACUUCUUCACCCCUCUCCCCGCCUACUUCAGGAGCAACCUUGCCCGUGGCGGGACACCGGCUGCCGACCGCAAUGGAGUCUACAGCAUCGACAUGCGCGAGACCCAGGAUAUCUUCGGCUCCAAGACGGCUCGGCCUGUUGCCGCUGCUUCCGCUGAAACUAUACCGGAGUCCGAAGAUUGGCCAGCGGUGUCCGCCAAGCCCGAGACUAAGGUGGAUCGUCUGACCGACCUGGCGGCGAAGACGGAAGAGGACGGCAGCGAUGACGUUGCCGUGUCCCAUCUGAACGGCGAGGUGGUUGUCCAUUUCAAGUUGCCGGACGAGCUUGCCAGAAUUCUAGGUGCCGGGGCCGUUGCUACUACCCCCGUCGCAAAAACCUCCACCCGCAUCGAAUUUGACCGCACGCCCAACAUCGGCGGCCUUGAGCUGAGCAUCAAGGCACGCCGCGCCACUCUCGCACCCUCCAACCCGACGGGCACGGCCGACGUGCUCGGUUCGUCGCCCAGCAAGCUCUCCAGCAUCGAGGAUAGGACUCUGGUGGUUCCCGACUUUGCUGCCCAGGAGGACGAGCCGACCGAACGGCCUCUCCGGAAGGAGAUACAGGAGGCACCGAGCUCCGGACUGAUCAGCGACAUGUCGUUCAAUCCCUCCUUCCAGACCCCGACGUUUGGCAGCCUCGACUUCAGCCCUAGCAAGUUGGACAGCAACAACACCCCCAGCCGUGCUCCCCCCAGCGCACAGAGGCAAGCCGACGUCGAGACCACGCCUGAGCCAGCAGUCGAGGCGCCCAGCAACGACGCGCAAGAGGAGGUCGUCCUGGACAGGUCACCCAAGUCGUUCACGCCCGUCAACAAGCCCACUUCCCCUCCGCAGCAGAACGGCGUUCCUGCCAAGGUCGACGAGGACAAGCCCGGCAACGAGGCGGCCCAGCAGCCGUCGUCGAAGCCUCCUGCACCCUACGACGACGACAGCCCAGGACGGGACUUUAUGUACGACUUCAUCCGGCGGUCGAAACCUAAGAGGCCAACGAUGGCAGACGCCGCCGCCGCCGAGGCUGGCUCGCUCCUGCCACCGGUCCCCGGUUCCGUCGCCCGCACACCCCUCGGGAUCAAGAGUCCCAACGCGAGCAGUCCCAGCCCACACAAGGAGAAGCGGAAGCUUGACCAGCACGAGUCUUCCUCCUCGCCCCUCAAGCCGUCCAAGAAGCCACGUCGUCAGGUGACUAAGUCCUGUCUGAAGAAGACCGAGGUCGCACCCGUCCCGGCCGAGAAGAAGGCAGCGCCCAGAUCCAAGUCGGUCAGAGAGAAGAAGACGGCCGUGGAGGAGACCGAGACUGCGGCUGCUGCCGCAGUCAAGCCCAGCAGCAGCGACAACACGGGAAAGCAUGACGUCCAAGAGGACGGGGAGGGCGCGCCCCGGCGAUCUACCAGAUUGCGAGCACAGCCUACCGAACCCACAAAGUCCUGCAUCCCCACGGCCAUCAAGCUCGGCCGGCCUACCUCUUCCGCAGGCAGGGGUGGCGUCAACGGGGCCACGGCCCUCAACUCUGCCGUGCGCAGCGAGCAGGCCGACCUCACUCGGCAGACCAGCUACAACACCAGGAGGAACAAGGGCAGGGCAGAGUCUGUGCAGCAGGUCCUAGCUAGAUACUCGGACGAGUCACAGCCGCAGUCUCAGCCGCAGUCCGAGUCGGAAGAGCCCAGGGCUCCAUCCAAGACUGGUAAGAACGUCAGCUGGAUGGAUCCUGUUUCUGCCCAUCAGAAGACGCCCAAGAAGUCUAGAUGCGCCAAGGCCUCUGCAUCUACGCCUGCCAAGAAGGCUUCCGCCACCGUGGCAGGCAAGAGGACUCCGACUCCGACUCCGACUGCAAAGAAGACCAUCCCCGCCCCUGCUUCCAAGAUCAACGGCGCCGCCAAGGAUCAGAAACCGCAGGGUGUGACUAGGUCGAGCGCAGCGCCUCAGCAGAAGUCCUCGCAUACUGUCUCUCAGGCCGCCAAGAAUCUAGGCAUGGCGGGCAAUGGUACUCCGGCGAAGAGGAUGACACGGGCUCAGACAAGGAGGGUCGCAUAG